AUGUAUUACAACAGAAGUGGCAAGAUGGUCGUGGCCGGUGCAGAGGCAGAGGAUGCGUCUAUAGCAUCCCAGGCAGAGGACGAGGGCUGGACAAAGGUUGAGCUCUUCAAGCUUCGCCUACGCCCCUCCACAAUGAAGCUCAAGAUGAACGGCCUCCGCCUGGCAUCUCUUCCGAAGCACAAAACUGCAGUCGAUGUCUUUGGCGACUUUCUCGGAUACCUAUUCAAAUGUACAAGGACCUUCUUCACCGACACCCAUGCUAACGGCCAUGCUUUGUGGACUGUCGUGCAGCACGACCUCCAAUUUGUGCUCUCACAUCCGAACGGGCGGGAGGGCGCGCAGCAGACGAAGAUGCGGAGAGCGAUAGUCUACGGCGGAGAGAUCCCGGACACGAACGAAGGCAAGGCGCGGAUACGAUUUGUCACAGAGGGUGAGGCGAGUCUCCACGCCUGCGUCCUGGCGGCCGAUGUGCUUUCGGUGCGCACAAAUCCUUGCGUUCGUCACGGCGGCCUAUCUAGCGCUUUCGCGCAGAGCACGUCGAACCAUGGGUUCUUGAUCGCUGGAUCUCAGCUCGUAUGCGAUUCGCGGGACCCAUCCGCUCGUAAUCGAGGAGAUUGCCCCGCCGGACUGCCUGUUCGCCGGAUCCGUGUUCGUCAGCAGGCGUACCCGCGAGUUCCUCGAAGGUAUCUGCGUGGCUCCAAGUAUGGCUCGGCAGACUUGCUCGACCACAUCACGAAGCGGUUCGACGAGACCACGAAGCGGCUGUUCCGAGCGAAGAAGGACCUGCAAUUCAUCACGUUCGGCUCGCCGCUCGAUAAAGACAUGUAUGUGGGUAUCCGGAACGGGCAACUGAAGUUAUCGGGUGAAUCGGAGGUUGCGGACUUGUUCGAACCGUCUAUCGAAGCUGCGGUCGCCGCAAUUAAGCGGCAAAUUGAAGCGACAAAUGGGUUAAUCGAGUCUAUUUGGCUGGUUGGUGGCUUUGCGGCUAGCCCGUGGCUGUUCCAUCAGCUGCAAGAGAGCUUGGCACCCGUCACCGUUAGUAGGCCGGAUUCCCAAACGUCGAAGGCCGUUGCUGACGGUGCGAUUGGUUUUUACUGCGACCACCAUGUCUCGGCUCGCAUGUCGAAGUAUACGUACGGCGUGGAGUAUCUCCGCGAGUUAGACGCCAACGACCCCGACCACGCCGCCCGCAAAAGCAGACUCUCCGAGCUUCCCUCCGGCCCGAAAUUACUUCCAGACGCGUUUGAUUGUAUUCUAUCCCGAGUACUGAAAGAGUCGACGGUGUUCACGAGGAAGUAUUGUACGGAGUUGACGAGUUUGUCGUUGCUUUCUGUAUUUGAGGUUGAGAUUUGGUGUUUUAGAGGGGGUAAUGAAGUCCCUAAGUGGAUCAUGCGCCAAGCAGAGGACUUUGGUACGCUCUGUGCUGUACAAGCGAACCUGUCACCAUUGGCCAGCAGCGCUGAACCCAAGACGGGAAGGAACGGAAAGACGUACUGGAUGAUUGUAUUUUCGGUUGAAAUUCACUUUGGUCUGACCGAGUUCAAGGCUAGGAUUAAAUGGAAUGAUAGUGGCGUUACGAAGUAUGGCCCGGCAUCCAUUAUCUACAACGAAACCCCUUCAGCUGCCGCAUCACGAACACCCUCACGCACGGGGUUCAACGGCUCUCCCAGCAAGCCACCUUCAACACACAGCACGCCGAAGCAAGAGUGCUUCCACGAUAUCCCCGAUGUCGUCAGAGGCGAUCGCGAUCGCAGCCUCGCGCCCAGUACACAUACGCGACAUUCAUCAGCUUCCCGCCCGUCAGUCGUCACAGGCAAGUCGAAUUGGAGGGACAACCACGCACCCUCAGCCAAUGGCCGAUCGUCUAACCCUGCGUCUCCUGCGACCGAGCGUGCGGUGAGUGGGAGCUGGCGCAGUGAGGCGGGUAAGAUUGAACGGUCGUCGAAGGGCAAAGACAGAGAACGCGAUAGCUACGUAUCCGACGCGGAUCGCGACCGGGGUAGGAAGGACAAGCCGAGGGACAGGGAGAGGUCGAUCAAUGGGGAGCAUGAACGGUCGUCAGUGCUGGGCAAGAUUGGGGAGGCGCUCACUAGCCCUCUUGCUUCCAAGGCACCUUCUAUGUAUGGGCGGAGGGACAGUGUUGCUGCAGAGAGCAUGGCGAGCACUCCUGGGGAGACAAGAUCACGGCAUUCGCCUGCCGCCAACGCGUCUGCUUUGUUUGAUACUGGGCCCCAGGACAGAUCCCGGGGUAUGGAUCCUGAAGCCUCGCGCCCUCUCAGCUCUGUUAGCCUGAUGCCUGGCAGCAUGCCUGAGCCUGUCCCCUUGGACUGGAGCUCAAGGAAGCGCAACCACAACCACCGCUUGACGCCUAAGCCGCCUUCGAGAGCCGUGUCGCCUAAACCAAUUACGCCUGCACUCCAAGAGCCUGAGCCCCUCCCUGAACAACCAGCCGCUAGCGGUGAUCUUGGCUCGCUCUCAUUUGGGUUCGGUUCGUCUGGAGGCGACUUUGCGUCUUCCCUGGGUACCGGAUUUGGUACAUCCGCAGACUUUGGCACAUCUGCAGGAUUUGGGUCGACUGCAGGCUUUGGUUCUUCAGGAUUUGGGUCGACUGUGGUUUUGGAUCCGCCGGAGGAUUUGGGUCAACUGGUGGAACUGGGACUGGAUGGGGUAGCACAGCGACUGGCUUCGGAAUUUGGGGAGCCCCCAAAGCAACCGUCACCAAAAGCUUCGCCUGCGGAAGUUGAGGCUCCCUUGGAAGAGGUAGCACCUGUAGCAGAAGAAGAUAGUUGGGGUAGUUGGGGUGCACCGGCGAAGAAAGGAAAGGCUGCAUCAAAGGCUGCGUCCAGAGCCGCAUCCAAGCCUGCAUCCAAACUCCUGUCUCAAGUCAACACUCCAUUGGUUGCUGCAUCUGAACCGCCACCAGAGGAAACCCCUCCUGCACCUGUAGAGCCUCCAGUCGCUCAUGUAGAAGAGACGCCAGCGCCUGAGCCCCCAGCUGCAGAGACAACAAGUAAGAAGAAGAAAAAGAAAGGCAAGGGAGGUGCCAGCGAAGUUGCUACUCCAGUUGAGGAAACGGCACCGGCACCGCCGCCGCCCAAGACCCCCGUCGUGGAACCUGUCCGUGUGCCCACACCGGAUCCCACAGCUGCCGCAGCAGAGGGCACCACCGGAAACGACGGGUGGACGUUCGAUGUCGUCUCUCCACCUGCUGGCUCAGCAGAUAAUCUCCCCUCUGCAACCUUCACCAAUCAUCUUGGAAUGACGUCCUUCGGUGCGGGCGGCGCCACUCUACUUGAUAACAUUAAUUUACCGCUGUCGGCACCCAAAUCUCCCAAAGUCGCUGAGUCUUCCGAAUUGCUUUCGUCUUCUAAACCGGCAUCACCAAAAGUCUCACCAAACAAUACGCCCAAGCCGAGCCCUAAGAUAGAGGCUGCCGCUUUACCCGAGGCCUUAGCGAACCCCGAAGUUCCUGCAGAGCCAGCUGUCGAUCCACCAGCUGCUGAACCGGAAGUGACACCAGCUGUGGAAACGAAGGCGGAAGAGGACAAGCUACAAGUUCCUGGCGCUGAUGACCCAACAUCACCUACUACUCCAGUUACCCCAGGGGAUGAGGGUGGGGAGGAAAACGCUGAAGACGCUGAAGCUGCCACACCCCGGGCAACGAGAAAGGUGCCAAGGGAAAGGCAGGCGGAAAUACCCCUGCUCCUGCUGCAGAUGGAGGGAAGAAGAAGAAGAAGUAAAGAGUUACGACACAGACCAGAACCCCUUGUCAAGCAAGGGUACUCUUCUUCGUGUAUGGUCGAGGCAACACGGGCGUAG